UUUCUACGAGUUACCAUUUCUCGUCGUUUGACUGACAUAAUUAAGGAAAUGGAAAUAGUGGUUCACACACUGUCGCACUAUCCUGAAGUAAACUCUCCCAUCAAAAUGGAAGUUGGAAUCGAAGAUUGUUUGCACAUUGAGUUUGAGUACAACAAAUCCAAGUAUCACUUGAAGGACGUCAUUGUGGGCAAAAUUUACUUUCUGUUGGUUCGAAUCAAAAUUAAGCACAUGGAAAUUGCAAUUAUCAAGAAAGAGACAACAGGUAUCGGUCAGAACACGUAUAACGACAAUGAGAACAUUGCCAAAUACGAAAUCAUGGACGGCGCUCCAGUUCGUGGUGAAUCGAUACCCAUUAGACUCUUCCUUGCUGGCUAUGACCUCACGCCAACGAUGAAAGACAUCAACAAGAAGUUCUCGGUGCGCUACUAUCUAAAUCUAGUGCUGGUCGACGAAGAGGAACGUCGUUACUUUAAGCAACAGGAAAUUAUACUCUGGCGCAAAGGUGAUCGCAUUCGCCGACCAAUACAGCCACAUGCUCUGAUGGAGAUCAACCAAGAAGCCGAGUAG